AUGUUUAUUGAAUCAGAUCAUACAGCAAUUUAUAAAGCAUAUCGUCCUGGUUAUCCACGAGAAUUAUAUAACAAAAUUUUGGAAUUUUAUUUCAAUACAACCAAUAUCGAUUUCAAUAAUGAUGAUAAUGAUAAAAAAAUUCCGUUAGCUUUAGAUGUUGCCUGUGGCAGUGGACAAGCAACUGUUGAUUUAAGUUAUUAUUGUCACCGAGUCAUUGCUAUUGAUUGCAGUGAAAAUCAAUUAAAAAAUGCAACAUUAAAACAAAAUAUUGAAUAUCAUUGUUCUAAUGCAGAAAAUUUAACAUUUCUAUCACCCAAUUCAAUUGAUCUUGUCACAGUAGCAACAGCAUUACAUUGGUUUGAUAUUCAAACAUUUUUUGAGCAAGUUGAUCGUAUUUUGAAACCGAAUGGUGGUGUUCUAAGUAUUUGGUGUACAGGUUUUCCAUCAUUAGACAAUCUGAAAACUGUCGAAAUCCUAAACAACUUCUAUCAAAAUGACCUUCAUGGUUGUUGGAGUGAUAAAACACAAUUAAUAGUUGAUCAUUAUGAAUCAAUACUCGAUACAUUUCCAUAUCAACAAACAAGAAUAAAACAUGUUAUCGACUAUGAACGAGAAAUGUCUAUUCUUCAAUUUGUCAAUUUGAUUGAAACAUGGAGUCCAUGUCAAACAUAUCGUAAACGUCAUGGAGAAGAUCAAUUCAAACAAUUAUUAAAGACAUUUGCAGAUAAUCUGGCUAAGUGUUAUGCAGAAUCAUCAAAUGAUAUUAUUGGUAAUAAUGAUCGCGAUGAUAUUUAUGAUAAAACAAUUGCUGUUAAAUGGGCAAUACAUUUGCAUCUAAUGAAAAAAACAAUAAAUAGUAUGGAUUGA